GCUUAUUAUGCCUCUAGCGUUUAGAGACGGGUGAGCUCCGGGUAGGUAGUUUACUUGCGAGUAGUGCUCGAUUUCGAGGUGUGUUUGAGGAAAGAGCGAAGGGCUAAGCUUGUUUUCAUACAGCUUGUAAGUUGUCUGUGUUUUUGUUAUAUCUGUCGUUUCCAUUUGCCUCUAUUUGUAUGCAACUUUUUCAUGCUCUCAAUGCGUGCUUUGCAGAGGGUGGCUCUUGCAGGCGCUGGUCUGCAGGAAAAUACUGGCUGAGGAGUCAGGUGUGCUGGACAAGCAGUGGGAAGAAAGCUCUGAACAUUAACAGGAAAAUAACAUUGAAGCAGAAUGUCGCUUACCUUUUGUCUGAAAAGGUGAAAUAUUUUCAGAUAGAAAUGGCUGAUAAGGGUGGGAAGAUGCUUCCAGGACAUUUUUACAUUCAAGUGGAGUAUGACUAUGAGUAUGAGGCCAAGGAUAAGAAAAUUGUGAUCAAGCAAGGGGAGAAAUACAUCUUAGUGAAAAAGACUAAUGAUGAUUGGUGGCAGGUCAAAAGAGAUGAAAAUUCCAAACCCUUUUAUGUGCCAGCUCAAUAUGUGAAGGAAAUACCCCGGAAAGCACUGAUGCCCCCUGUCAAGCAGGCAAGCAUGUUGCCAAAUAACACCUUGAAGUUGACACAUGGAUUACAGAGAUCAACAGAAAAUGUGAAUAAGUCACCAGAGCUUUCUAGUUUUGGAAAAUCUUCUCCAGUUCAAGUGUCUUGCUUAGUUCGAGAUGCCAAUCAAAAUCUGGGACCGAACAAUAGCCCCUGUCAAACUUUUGGUUUGAGUCUGGACCUUACCCAGAACAAUGGAAAACUUAACAAUGAGUUGCAGUCUCCCAAGGUUUCCAAUCAGUUUAGAACCAUUUCCAUGGGUCAUUUCCCAUGCCCGGAGUUCUUGGAAAUAGAGAAGACCAGCUUUUUACAUGAACAGUCUUGUGAUUCAGCAGGAGAAGGCUCAGAAAAAAUUCACCAAGAUUCAGAGUCUGGAGAUGAACUCAGUAGUAGUUCCACAGAACAAGUGCAGCCAACUACUCCACCAAGCCAAGGGAGGCCUGAUUCACCAGUUUAUGCUAACUUACAAGAACUGAAAAUAUCUCAAUCUGCACUUCCACCUCUACCUACAAGUGCUCCAGUCCAAAUAAAUGGGGAAUGGGAAACCCAUAAAGAUACGACAGGACGCUGUUAUUACUACAACAGAGGAUCACAGGAGCGAACCUGGAAACCUCCGCGGUGGGCCCGAGAUGCAAGCAUUAAUAAAGGGGAUUCCCAGAGCCAUGCAGAUCAUGAGCAUCUUUCAUCAGAAGAAAACGACCACAGUUCUUGUUACAGCCAGUCAGAUAGUCAGUAUGGUUCUCCUCCAAAGGGUUGGUCAGAAGAGUUGGAUGAACAUGGUCAAACCUUAUAUACCAAUGACUAUACUAAUGAAAAGUGGAUAAAACAUGCAGAUGAACAAGGUAGACCAUACUACUACAGUGCUGAUGGUUCCAGAUCAGAGUGGGAGUUACCUAAGUAUAAUGCUUCACCACAGCAGCAGAGAGACAUAAUAAAGAGUAGGAGUCUGGACAGGAGGCUACAGGAACCAAUAGUUUUAACAAAAUGGAGGCACAGCACAAUUGUGCUGGACACCAACGACAAGGAAUCAUCAACUGCUUCUAAGGCCAGUUUUCCUGAAAAUGAAUCAUCUCCUUCUUCACCAAAGCAUCAAGCCACAGGUCAAGAAAAGUACGGGUUAUUAAAUGUGACAAAAAUCACAGAAAAUGGGAAGAAAGUUCGAAAGAAUUGGAUGUCAUCAUGGGCAGUAUUACAAGGGUCAUCACUGCUGUUCACUAAAACUCAAGGAAGUGGAACUGGCUGGAAGUUUGGUGUUAAUCAGUCUAAGCCAGAAUUUACAGUGGAUCUCAAAGGGGCUUUGAUUGACUGGGCCUCGAAGGACAAGUCCAGCAAAAAGAAUGUUAUUGAGCUAAAAACCCGCCAAGGUACUGAGCUCUUAAUUCAAUCAGAUAAUGACAGCUUUAUUAAUGAAUGGUAUAAAGUUCUUAACUACACCAUCAAUAAUCAGGUAAUAGAGUCUGAUGAAGCAUUAGAUGAUGAAGUACCAGAUUCCCCUGGAGUGGAAAAACAAGACAAAGAGAAAGAGAAAGAAAAUAAAGACUCAAAGAAACUUCGUUUGAAAGCACCCAGCAAUAUAGACUCCACAGAUCAGAAAAAGACCAAAACGAAGCUCAAGAAGUUUCUUACACGGCGCCCUACGUUACAAGCUGUCCGUGAAAAAGGCUACAUUAAGGAUCAAGUUUUUGGUUCAAAUCUCACCAGCUUGUGUCAAAGAGAAAACAGCACGGUGCCAAAGUUCGUGAAGCUGUGCAUUGAGCAUGUUGAAGAACAUGGAUUAGAUAUUGAUGGUUUAUACAGAGUUAGUGGCAAUCUUGCAGUGAUACAGAAGCUGAGAUUUGCAGUCAAUCAUGAUGAGAAGCUGGACUUGAAUGACAGUAAAUGGGAAGAUAUACAUGUCAUUACAGGAGCUCUAAAAAUGUUCUUCAGAGAGUUGCCAGAGCCACUGUUCACUUACAACCACUUCAAUGACUUUGUCAAUGCAAUUAAGCAAGAACCAAGGCAGCGUGUCCCUGCUGUUAAAGAUUUAAUCAAACAGUUGCCAAAACCAAAUCAGGACACGAUGCAGGUACUCUUUAGACACCUGAAAAGAGUUGUAGAAAAUGGAGAAAAGAACCGAAUGACCUAUCAAAGUAUAGCAAUAGUUUUUGGUCCAACCUUAUUAAAACCAGAGAAAGAGACUGGUAACAUAGCAGUCCACACAGUAUACCAGAAUCAGAUUGUGGAGUUAAUUCUACUGGAAUUGAAUUCCAUCUUUGGACGCUGACAUUUUUCUUGGAGAAGAAACUGGAAGCGAUGGGUUGGCAGCAGUACUCCAUCAGAAGGAAAACUUCUUGUUGUAUAUGAUGUUUUAUGUUUGUGGACCAAGCAGCAACUUGUUUUUUGCACUUUUGGGGAGGGAAGAAACAGGAGAAAUGUUUGACCACUUUAAUGCGAAUUAAAGACAACACUUCAGAUUUCUUUGAAAAGUUCAAUAUAAAAAAUGAAUUGAAAAGUUUAUAGUUUGCCUUUUUAAAGUAUCAUUGGAAAAAUUUAAUAUAGGUUCAUACACUGGAUUUCUUGGAGAGUAAAACUAAUAAUCUCAGACUGGAUAAUCUGGAAUUUAAUCUCAAAAUUCUUCCAUAUGAUGGGGAAAAGUCCUACCAUUUUUCCCAGUAUGGAAAAAUUCGGUGAAGUUACAUCUUAAGCUUGUUUAUUACAACCUACCUAGAUCUGUAUGACACUUUUCCAAGGGGUUUCUGCAUGCCUGACUGUCCUAGACUUGCACUAACAGUUUGGUUUAGUUAUUCAGAUCUAAUUCUUCCCUUGAUGUCUGCUGCCCUCUGCCUUCUUUUUCUCCUGUUUCGCUUUGUUUUUUUGUGGUUUUUUUUUUUUUUUGUUCUGUCUUUUUUUUUUUUUUGUGGGGCUUUUUUGUUUUGUUUUGUUGUUUGUUUGUUUGGAUUUUUUUUACUUCUUUCUUUCCUCCUUUUUUUUCUCCAGCAGCCUCUCUGGAAGUUCUUUGCUGCUUCAUAGAGCAGCACACUAUUACACUAUUUCAAACACUGAACUUGUAAGAAUAUCCAGCAAUGGUUAUUUGUCGUGGGGCAUAAUAGAAGUAAUAUUUAAUAAACAUGUUCAUUUUUCAGGGUAUGUCCUGAGCUAAGUUUUGUGUUAUACUGAUCUAAAGCUGAAGUCCUAAGUAAAUACCGACUGUAACACUGUAUUGAGUUCUUGGUAUAAUGCUGUGGUAGUGGAAGUUCAUUCUUGAUGUAAAUACAGGCUGUCCUUUUGAUUCCUGUAUAUAAGUCGGUUCCUGUAUAGUUGAAGAACACUUUAGUCACACAUUUCUAAUCAUGGGUAGAUUGGCUACAGUAGCAUAAUGUUUCCAGUGGAUGUCUGGGUUUCAGCAGGGAAACAGGUUAUGGGGAGGGAGGGAGAUCUAACUGUGUGCACUUUUAGAUGUUAAUUACAUUUGCGGGCAAAUAACUGUAAUGCAAAUGGUACUGGAGAAAUACUGAGUGUGCUUGCUAAAUUGUUAAUGCACUACAAGAAGAGCCUUUUAGAUUAUUUAAUAUGUACAGGAUACAUUAGAAAAAUGUAUUAUGAAUUCUAACAUCUGCAGAUAGUGAAAGUCAUGUUUUGAUAGAUAGAUGUUUGAUGGAAUCCACUAUGCUAAAUUUAAGAUUUUCUUUUUACAUUAAUGUAGAAUAAUUUGUAAAAUUGGUUUUGAAAGAUUUUGUUACAGGGAGCAUGGUUUGCUGAAGAUUUUUUUAAAUGUAUUUUUCUAGACUAACUGCUGUAUCUGACAUAUUUGUUAUGUCUAACCUGAAUAAAGAAAACCAGUAGUUCUUUUAGAGUUUACCAUACCCACUUCAGACAACACGAGCCCCCUUUGAACAAGACCAAUGUAUCUUACCCCUUAGCAUGGAUGGAUACCACUUGUGACAAAGAGCUGUCAUACUGGACUGAAAUAUCAAUGCCUGCUUUAUAACCUGACAAUUUUAGGAACUUCCCAGUCCCCUUCUUUAACAACUUGAAUUCUAACAUAAGGUUCAGAGAGGGCAGAAGUAAUUUAUGGAUAUAAAUUUGCAGUCUUUAAAACACAUCCCAGCUUGGAGCCCGCUGUACAGGAAACAGUUACGUUGAGGAGGGGAUUGUGUCAGUAGCCUCGGCUCUGCUGUGUCCCUGUCACACACAGCCCUGGCUGGCAGCACAGGGGACGUGUGGUGACACACUGAGCUGUAACCAGACUGAUGGUACGAGAAUUUCACGAGCAUAGGGCUUGCAUGAAAAGUUUUUAGAGAUGAGCAAGGAGAUUAGUAACCUUGUGGCUUUCUCAGUGUCUUCUUGUGGUAAUGGUGAAGUCUUGUGGUUUGUUGCAAAGCGACCUGGGUGAGAACUGUGAAAGCCCUGUCUCAGAGGUGUGUUGUCAGCCUCCCUCUGGGCUGUCACACCGAGCUGAGCCUGUGCCCUAACCUUCUAGAAAAUAUUGACUGAGUUGGAAUCUGUGGCUGUACAUUAUUGAAACCCUGCCUUUGGCUGUAAAGGAAGAAUUCCUGCUGCUACAUGAGAGGGCUUGUUCACCGGUCACCUUUUGUUGUGAGUGUUCCCUUUUUGAAAGGAAGAAUGCCUUUUUAAAGCAAUUGAUUUUGAGGAUGUCACACUUUUCCUUGUAUUCCCCAAAAAUAAAGCAUUUUGUUAUUACAAAA